GCACGAUUUCUCGACGCCGGGAAGAAAAAUUCCCAUUGCCAUUGCCCUGAGGUAGAAGAAGAAGAAGAAGAAGAAAAAUUCCCUGCAUCAAGCGGCGAUUUGUUCCAGUGGCGAUCUCGUUGAGCGUGAGAAUAGUGUUGCGGCACCAGCUGUGGCACCUGUCCGAAAGAAGCGAGUAAAGAAACUGCCCUCACCAUAUGACAGCGGCAGUGAUGACAGUGUAGCCCUAUCAUCGCAAGUGAAAGCUGCACAGAUGGAGGCUGAAAGGCUUAAAAAGAACCUGCAAAUGGAACGCCAAAAGAAUUCCGACCUCAUGGCACAUGUGAGGUUCCUGGAAGCAGGGUUGGAGGAUAGACUCACAGAAAUGCAUACCAUACUCAAAGACAUGACAUCGAAGCUACCUCCAACGGCUUGUUCAAGCAGUUCAGAGAAAUCUGGGUUUUCAACAGAUUUAUUCAAAGUUAGUGAUGUAGUUGGUGGUGCACCAUUCGAAACAUCAGAUGAAGAAUUGACACAGUCAGGCCGAGAGACUUCCACCUUCAUAGAACCCUGGGGACGUUCGCCCAGUGAGAACUCAUCCCUACAGCCGUCUUCUGAACCAUUGCAGCAUGGGCGCAUGGACACAGGUGUAUUCGACAGCACUCUGACGAGCAUGCAACCUCUCACGAAAAUGACUGAUGGCAGGUUUCACGUAAGAAACGGAUUCUUCUUGACUGAAAUACAAGCAGAAAAGAUAUUCAAGAACAAGAGGCCAACAUUAGUAAUGAAGGAAGUAAUGAAGGCUCAAGCGGUGUGGGGAAACGACAUCCUUGCUACAAGAACGUACAGCGGAAGAACUGCACCGAAAGACCGCGGGGACCCAGACACACUGGCGAGGAAAGAGCUAACACCAACCAAGGUGUCACUUGUUAUAGAUGCAGUUACACACGGGGGCAGAAAAAUGCUGUUGACGUCUCUGCAUGCAUUGAAAAGAGGGGCAUCAUCCUCUCAGAGAAGAUACAGGACGUCCGUAAAGCAACAAAAAGGCGCCUUCCACUGAGAGAUUCCUGAACGUAACACUGCAUGACUAUACAGGGCAGUUUUUCUUUUUUUCUGCUGCAACUUUUCAAAGGCGGAUGAGUUGCAUUAGCACAUUAAUUUUGCCAUGAAGUUAUCAAACAUGGCAACCACUGUAGGGACAGCUUUCAUUGUAGUUAUAAGUGGCCAAUUAGCUGAAGUAGGCAAAAAAACUUUUUAUUAUUGAUUUUAGGGAGCAUGUACUUACGAGUUUGAAGCUCACCCUUCAUAGGCUGCAAUUGUUGCACCAACAUCUACUGCUACUAGUCAUUUUAAUUUGUUGCAGCCAGAACACAGCUAUGUACGUACACACUUGAAGAUCAAGUGACUUCCAUCGCUAAUGCUUUGCAACGUGAAGCACAUGUUACCUCAUGCUCAUUACUUCAUGUUAUAUCAUGUUACCUCACACACACUUUAGGCCAAACUACAGUGAUGGUUUGCACUAAAUCUAGUCAAGUGGCAUCUAGUGACUUGUUCAAUAUA